AUGGCUGUCUCUUCUUCUCCCACCAUCUUCCCUCCCACCACUACUUCCUCUACUACUACUUCCUCUGCUCCCCUCGCUCGCAACAAAAUGAGCAUCACCCAGACCUACUACCUCGUCCACGCUGCCCGCAGCAAGCUCUCGCGAGAGGCUGCCCGCGCCGACCACGACCUGCGCCUGCUCGUCGGCCAUGCCAACCUGCUCGACUCGCUGAUGCUUGACGUCGCCAAUGCCGAAAAAGAACAAGAACGCUGGUUCAACAAAACGGUGCGCAUUGCCUCCAAGCCCGUCAAGCCCGUCGCCCAGCACAUCCGAUGGGCCGACACGGUGGAAGAAGAGUCCAUCGAAGACUACGAUGAAGACUCGGAUAUCAGCAGCGACGACGGCUCCGACUCGGACUCGGACUCGGACUAUGACGAGGAAGAACUACAAAUUGCUGUUGCUGUUGCUGCUGCAUCGCCUGCCCUGAUCGAAGACGAAGAGCUCGAGGCAGAAGACGACGACGAAGAAGAAGCCGCUCGUCUCACAUUGACUCGCACCCCUUCGCGGCAACACUCGCCGCCCGAACUUUUGGACGAUGAAUCGUCUGAUUCAGAGGAGGACUCGAUGCCCCCCUCGCCCACAGACAUCCCCAUCGACACGUUUGUGUCGGCCCAAGACCAUCCGGCCAAGCGCACGCCGGACGACCUGGCCGUGUUUGAUCACACAUUUAUCGAGCACCAGGGUACGAUGAUUCCCGCAUACUAA